UAAAUUGCAUCAAACAACCAAAUAAAUUGUCCUACCUCAGCAAAACCUAAACCCUAAAUUCAAAUUUCACCCACUCUGCUCUUGCUGCAUCGUAUGUUCCCAUUACUAUUUGCAGACAUGGCAAAACAGGACUUUAGAUUUUAAGCACCAAAAACCCAUGAAGAAGCUCGAUUUUUACUAUAAAAGCCACACUCUUUGGAAACCAAACCAUAAAUUUCAUCUCAUUGAAGAUCCUACCUCCCUUCUGCAACUUCAUUCAAAUCUCUCACAGUUUCCAAGAAAGCAAAAGAAUCCCAGUUAUAUAAAUCUUUCCCAAAACCAAACCAACAUUCAGAAUUCAAAUCCACUCCCAUUAAAGACUCGCCUAUAAACCCUCUCAAAAUUAUCAAAGUUGGAAUCUUUCUCUGUUUCUAUACCGAAGUAUGGCUGGUUUCAGAAAACCCACAUUGCCAAACCAAUCUUCAUACAACUCCGUUUAUGUUAAUCCCCUCACUGACUCCAAACACCAUCAUACUUGCAGUGAAGGUGAUCUCCUUACAAAAUCGUUCACUGACAACAAAGAGAACAUUGAUAACACUGCCAAGUUUGGCGGUGUUGACAAAGAAAAUGCAGUGCCCAACAACUCAAAACCUUUGUCUACAAAUGGGUCUCUCUCUGUUUUGCCAAAGCCACAGUUAUCCAAUAUGAAGUCUUUGUCCACUGGAAGAGUCCUAAAGCCUUCUUCUCUACAGUUGUGUAUGCAAAUGAAUGAGCCUGAAAAGGUUUUUAAGUCUAAAAUUUGGGACUCUGCUGAGUCUGAGAAGUCAAAUUCUGUCAAUAUUUGGGACUAUUCAGAUUCUGAGGCUGCUCCAGCUUCUUCUUGGUCUGCAUUGCCUAACAGGGCAUUGUUGUGCAGGCCAUUGCCACUGGACAUAGGGAGAUGUACUUGUGUUAUUAUGAAGGAAGCAUUGCCAGAAGGGUUAGAUGGGGGUACAUUGUACUCACUCUACACCAAUGAAGGGCAUGGUCGACAGGAUCGGAAACUAGCUAUAGCUCACCAUAAGAGGCGUAAUGGAAAGUCAGAGUUCACUAUAGCUCAGAAUUUGAAGGGAGUUCUUUCUAGUUCAGAUGAUAGCUUUGUAGGAAACGUAACAGCAAACCUCAUGGGUUCCAAGUAUCACAUAUGGGAUCAGGGUGGUGCUGUCAACUCCAAAAGGGGCAAUCUACUUCUGGCAGUUGUUACAUUCAAGCCUACCAUAGCCACUUGGACUGGAAGUUACAGAAUCAUGAGGGCAUAUGUACCAAAACACCAAUCCAUGCAGCUAAAGAAUACAACCCUGAUGCAACAUAUUAAUGGUUUGGCUAGGGACUGGGAGGGGAAAAUGGACAAAGUACAUAAGCUAUGCUCAAGGACUCCACGAUACAAUAAUAUGUCAAAGCAGUACGAGUUAGACUUCAGAGAUAGAGGAAGAGCUGGGCUUGGAAUCCAAAGCUCAGUGAAGAACUUCCAGCUAACAUUGGAGGAAAAUGGAAAGCAGACAAUUUUACAACUUGGAAGGGUAGGGAAGUCGAAGUUUGUUAUGGAUUUCAGAUAUCCUCUAACAGGUUACCAAGCAUUUUGCAUAUGUUUGGCAUCCAUUGACUCGAAACUUUGUUGCUCGAUGUAACUGCAAGCUGACAACAUCUUGUUGCAGUUCAACCUCAAAAAAUUUAGUUCCUACUUUUUGCUUCUUGCAUGUGCUUUUGAUUCCGAGAAAAAGCAUAACCGAAAAGAGUUGAUGUUUUAGUGAUAGUUAGCUAAUGAACAAUUUGAUUAACUUAUUGAUAUCUGAGCCUUUUAGAUUUCAAUGUAAAUUCCAUUUAAGUUUUGAUGUCUAACUAUUAAAUUGUGUUCAUGAA